GAAGAAACCUCUUUGGAAGUUGCCUAAUGAAGUUAGUUAAACGCUUUUUGAAAUGGCGUCAGUCACGGUACGUGGCUCGGCUCUCUGCACCGUGACUCUGCUCAACUUUGCGUUUGUUUUCAUAACCGGCGCGGACUUCAUCCGUUUCCUUUCGUUUCGAGCCAUUUACCACAACAUCACGGGGGAGACGACGCUGUGUCAAGACUCUAUACCAUGGUCAGUGGCCCUGCAGGACAGCUCUGUGCUCAGAUCUAUAGCUGUGGAUCUGGGGCUGCUUGCUCUCUUCACCGUGCAGCACAGUUUGCUGGCCUGGCCGCCGGUCAAACAGGCCUGCAAGUCAGUGCUGGGAGUCCUGAACAGGACAGCAUACUGCUUCACUACUGCACUGGCACUCCAGAUCUUGAUGCGAUACUGGCAGCCUGUCACUGGCGCCCCCUGUCUGUGGUCAGUGCGUCAUGCACCGUGGAGCAUCUGGUUCCCUCUGCUCUGCUUCACUCUGCACUUCCUGUGCUGGGCGAUCAUCUGCAGCAUCCUCAUGAUCUUUGAUUACCCAGAGCUGCUGGGCAUCAAGCAGGUGUAUUACGAGUGUCUUGGUUUGGGCGACCCCCUGUCACACAAGUCCCCCCAGGCGGAGCGUCUCUACUCCCACUUGCGUCACCCGGUGUGCCUGGAGCUGGCGGUGGUGCUGUGGCUCCUCCCGGCCCUGUCCCUGGACCGGCUCCUGCUGGCAGGGACUCUGUCGGCCUACCUGGCCCUGGCACACUCACUAGACAAACAGGAUUUAGCCUACCUCUGUGUCCAGCUUAACAGCAACAUGCAGCUCUUUGCCGAGCCACACAGUGACUGCGCCACUGACCGCCAAGCCAUUAACAACCACAAGAAGUGAAUGGGAGUUAUUCUGCUGGUGUGAUGUGUAGCUGAGUGCUGCCGUUGGCUCAGCUUGCCUACUCCCUAACAUUAACCCGAAACAUCUUGCAGGAAAUUAGCAACUGACCAUUAAUCAGCAUCCAAGAGAAUCCCUGUAAUGACCGUCUGUCAGUCAGUCACACCUAAUUCACUGUGCUAAACCAGAACAAACCUGUACGGCCAUUUCUGCUAGUAGCAAAUGACCACACUUGAACUUAAUUCUCUGCAACUCAACACUGUAAAUUCUCGUCACUUUGUAUGUCCUUUUAGAAAUAUUCAGGUACUUUUUUUACUUGUUCAACCACCCGGAAUGUGUCUUUUUUUUAUCAUAGAGUAUAUUUUUAUAGGCUAGUGUAUGAUAACAAACAGUCCAUCUGCCAAGUGCAGUCUCACUGGAUUUCUCUGCAUACCGAUGUCACGUUUGACUGCUCUCGGGAAAGGUUGUGGUGUUAAGAUUUCACACUGGACACAGGCACAUCCAUGAAAACGCAGCAUUGCUUUUCAGUGCCUGAAGCUGUAAUGAAAAUGUACUUAUAUAUAUUUUUUUUACUUCACAAAUGUUAUUUCCUCACUUCCUUAUGGUGUGCUGAGGACAAAGCUAUGUCAGUAAGCAAUGUCAGACUUGUGUCAAAAUUGAGCCGCAUCAGUUGAGCAGUAUGACCAGUAUUUUCUGAAAUGUGUGGCUAAAAAGUACUGUAAUCUGUAAUCUGUAAUCUUUGAUUUGAUGUGUAUGUUAGGCUGAUUUUAUAUAUACAUUUAAAAUCGAGAGAAUAUUGAAUAAAGUCCAACUGUAGCUGCAAGUGUGUGGCUUGACCAUUU